AACAGGUGUUUUGAACGGGGAACGUGAGCUGAUAUGUCUCUCCCUCUCUGCCCUGUUUAGAAGACCCAGUGUGUUGUGUUCUCCCGUGGAUCUCGGAAUCUAAUGUAGUAUUGAGGAAAGCAGAUACCCGGAAUAAUCAAAUCGACUGUUAAAAGAACACAGGGGGAUGUCAGCUGCGUCAGACGCGGGUGGGCGUGGUCAUAUUGCCUUCGACCAGAGUCAUGUCAACAUUAAACUCCCGAACAGGUGCCGGCGAUGCCACGCCUACAACGAGGACCCGGAUGUGCCAAUGCUUCGCGAGAGCUACGUGAUCCUCCUGAACCAGAUGACCCGAACCCCUCAGGGACUGUGCUUCCUCCUGUGCCUCUCCCUCCCGCAGCUCGCCGUCACCUCCGUCGCCCUUCUGCUCCUCCUCUUCACCUCUUCUUAUAAUGUAGCGUUGGUCCUCCUCCAUUGCCUGGUUCUCCUCAACCUCGCUAGAUUCUGCGUCGUCAAGUACUUCGGCAGGCGCUACGCGAGAGAGUACUCAGCCGAAGCGGACCUGCUGCACCUGCACACGGCCGCGCUCAGACACCCAAAUCGAGGCGGUCUCGCAACCAUACACCAACCGCAAGUAUACGAGAAUGCUGCCUUGCCUGAUUAAUUGUUGUUAAUUAAUACAUACAUAUCCACUGAUGAAUAGUUUUUGUGUAUGAUGAGCCAGAAAUUGAUGUUAAGAAGAGGUGUCUUGUUGUGAAUAAAGACCUUCAAGUUAUAAGCAAAA